AUGUGGCGAAAUCCGUCGGAGGACUUCACUAAAGUUGGUGUGAAGUACUUUUCACGACACAAAGGCGAGGUGAACUGCUGCGUGUUUUCUCAUGACUGUCAGAUACUACUGACAUGCUCAGAUGAUGGGAGACUUCAUCUCUGGAAUGCCCGUUCCGGACAGCUCUUGGCUAAAGUAAGCGGACAUAAAGGUCCCGUGAAAUCGUGUGUUUUCUCGGCUGACUCUGUGCUGUUUGCGAGUGCAUCCCACGAUUGCUCUGCGCGAAUAUGGCACACCGCUACGGCGAAAUGCUUACGAGUGCUGGCAGGUCACACAAGGAGUGUUGAGACUGUGAGCUUUAGCCCUGAUUCUAAAUGGCUAAUAACAGGGGGAUGGGACAAGGACGCCAUUCUCUGGGACGUGCAGAGCGGAGAGGUGGUCAGGGUGCUGUCCGGACACAAAGAUGCCGUUCAGAGCAGCAUGUUCUCCCUGGACUCACAGUUUGUGGCUACGGGCUCCUGGGACUACACAGUGAAGGUGUGGAGCUUAAACAGUGAGGAACAGGAGAAGACUCUGGAAGGACACAGGGGAAAUGUCAGCUGCGUGUGCUUCUCAAUCUCAGGGAUGCUGGCUUCAGGGUCUUGGGACAGGACCGUGCGUGUGUGGGUGCCAAAACGAGGAGCUUCACUGUUUGUGCUGAGGGGUCACAGGGGUUGGGUGAGGACCAUGGCUUUCUCCCGCGACGGUCUUGCGCUUGCGUCCGCAGCAGAGAGCGACACGGUCAGAAUAUGGGACAUGUCAACAGGGAAAUGUGUCAAAAUUUUACAGGCUCAUGAGGACUCUGCACUCGGGUGUACUUUUGCCCCCAGCGGAGCUCUCCUCACAACUGGGUCAGCAGACCUCUUAGAGCAACCAGAGCCAUGGGAAAAGGAUCCCAUAUAGUGAUGUCAGCACCCUACUCAUGGUCAGAUGCUGAAGGCUGAUUUGAUUUUCUGGAGAUAGAACUGACCUGUCCA